UGUUCCAUCUAAAUAGAUCCAGCUUAAUUCAAAAUGUUUAAGAUAGUAGCUUUUGCAGUGUGCCUUGCUGUGGUAGUUUCUGCUUACGAGGACUAUCAUAGCUAUCCCAAGUAUAAAUUCGAAUAUGGGGUGAAGGAUUCCCACACCCACGACCACAAAAGCCAAUGGGAGCAUCGUGAUGGGGAUCAUGUGAAGGGGCAGUAUACCCUGGAUGAGGCCGACGGAACACAUCGUAUUGUUGACUAUACUUCGGAUCAUAAGAGCGGAUUCCAACCUCACGUUGAGCGCAAGGGACAUGCUCAUCAUCCCCAUCACGGAGAAAGCUACGCCAACAUUCAUCAGUACUACUAA